AUGCUGAACCGUCUUUCUCUUCCGUCAAGUCAGAGCCUCUUACUCUCCCUUCUCCUGUUCUACUGUCAUUGGAACAAGGCAGCCGGUUCUCUUGGGGAGGGCAGGAAUAUUUGGCUGCAGCCAAAGUUGGACCUCAACAUCAAAGACCAGUCUUUCCUUCAUGACACCUUCCCUUCAGGGUUCCUCUGGGGCUCAGGGACUUCUGCUUUCCAGACAGAAGGAGCCUGGAACCAGGAUGGAAAAGGUUCCUCCAUCUGGGACUCUUUCACCCACUCUUCUGUCAGUGGUAAUUUGGACAGAGAGACUGCCAAUGUGGCGAGUGACAGCUACAGUCGCUGGGAAGAAGAUGUGAAGGCGCUGGAAUACCUCGGUGUAAGAUCAUACUCUUUCUCUCUCUCCUGGCCCAGGCUCUUUCCUGAUGGGAAUGCCAGAGGUCAGCCCAAUACAGCUGCUGUAGAACAUUACAGUCACCUCAUAGAGAAGCUUCUGGAAAAGAAAAUCGAGCCCAUUGUCACUCUCCAUCACUGGGACCUGCCUCAGGCGCUGCAUGAACAAUACGGAGGCUGGAGAAAUGACACACUGGUGGGACUUUUUGAGGAAUAUGCUGCCUUUUGUUUCUACACAUUUGGGAGUCGGGUUAGGUACUGGCUCACAAUGCACAAUCCAUACCUAAUGGCUGUGCAGGGCUAUGGGACAGGCAUACACGCUCCUGGAGAGAAAGGGGGUCCUGCUGGCUCUCUCAUUGUGGCCCAUAAUCUAAUCAGGGCACACGCUAAAGCAUGGCACAUCUAUAACACCCACUUUCGCCCAACUCAGAGGGGUAAAGUAUCCAUUGUCCUGGGUUCCCACUGGGUUGAGCCUCAAAGAGGCCAAGCCACAGUUGCCAAUGUUAUGCUUUGUCAACAGUCUAUGGAGGCGGUUCUUGGUUGGUUUGCCAAUCCCAUCUUUGGUGAUGGGGAUUAUCCAGUCUCUUUAAAAGAUAAAUACGGGACUCUUCUGCCCACAUUUACUUCUGAGGAGAAGCUCUGGAUGCAGAAAACAGCUGACUUUUUUGCUCUGUCCUUUGGACCUAACAACCUCCGUCUGGGCCGGAACCUGGUCCACUACGGGCAGACUGUGACCCCAGACCUGCGACGCCUCCUAGGCUGGAUAAAGGUGGAGUACGGGAACCCGAGUGUGCUGGUGGCUGAAGGAGGGUGGUUCUCUGAAGCCAGUGUGGGAAAGGAAGACACAGUGAGCAUCUAUCUGAUGAAGAAUUUUAUCAACCAAGUCUUGCGAGCUGUCAGGUUUGAUGGUGUGCAGGUGUUUGGCUAUUCUGCCUGGACACUGGUGGAUGGAUUUGAGUGGAAUUAUGGCUACACUAUUAGGCGAGGCCUUUUUUAUGUCGACUUCAGCCAACCCAACAGAACCAGGACCCCCAAGACCUCUGCUCAGUACUACAGGCAGGUUGUUGCUGACAAUGGUUUCCCAAAGGAGGAAACCUCCAGAGAGAUUACAGGCCAUUUCCCCUGUGAAUUUCACUGGGGUAUUGCUGACUCGACUUUAGAGGUCCACUUCUACCCUUUCUCCCCGCAGUUUACAGACCCACAUGUGUACAGCUGGAACCUGACAGGAGACGGAUCAUUGCAUCCAGUCCCAGGAGUGAAGCUGCACACCAGACGAGCCCAGUGCACUGACUAUUUGGCCAUUCGUGGUCAUCUUCGCCUGUUUGCAUCCACUGGGGCAUCUCACUACCGCUUUGCUCUAAACUGGUCUCUGAUUUUACCCCAAGGAGACCUUUCUAAUGUGAACACUGAAGCUCUGAGGUACUACCGAUGUGUCCUGACCGAGCUCAAGAAGCUGGACCUGGAAGCUGUUGUUAUUUUGUACUACCCGACUCACAGAGUUCCAAAUCUGGGCUUGCCUGUGUCGCUGCAUGCCUCUGGGGGUUGGCUCAACUACAGUACAGUGGAAGCUUUUCAGGAGUACGCAGCACUUUGCUACAAGGAGCUGGGUACCUGGGUUCAAUACUGGAUCACCAUUAAUGAGCCAAACAGACUAGUGGAUGUUUAUUCCAGUACGGAAGAGAAACACCAAGCAGCUCAUAACCUUCUCCUGGCUCAUGCAAAAGCCUAUAGGUUACAUGAGAGGGAAUAUUAUAGACAACCGAGAGCGCUGGUGUCACUUGCACUUCAUGCUGACUGGGCCCAACCUGCCAACCCAUUCCUGGAAUCACAUACGGCUGCAGCAGAAAGAUUCCUUCUGUUUGAACUUGGUCGCUUCUUAGACCCGUUGCUGGGGACUAGAUAUGAGGAGAAGCAGCAGAAGGGGGACUACCCACAAGAAAUGAAGUCGUAUCUGGAGGAGAGAGCUCGAGUAAUGGGACUCCCUGGAUCCCCACUUCCCAGUUUUACUGAGACUGAGAAGGAGGAGCUGAAAGGGGCAUUAAGUUUUAUUGCACUGAACCAUUUUACCACCCGUUUGGUCUCUCCACAUCCCCACACACAGUCCAGUUUUCAGCAGACGCUGUCCCCUGAUCAUGACUGUUUGACCCUGUCUGAUCCCACCUGGCCCUACUCCAGUUUGGGGCAGGCUCUUGUACCCUGGGGCCUGAGGAAGAUGCUGAGCUGGGUGACGCAGAGAUAUGGAGGAGCUCUGCCUAUCAUUGUCACAGGAAGUGGGGUUGACGAUCAGGCGCCUGUUGAGGAUACAGUCAGGCAGUACUACCUCAGAAGCUACCUGCAGGAGGCUCUCAAAGCUUGGCGCCUAGAUGGAGUCAACUUGCAGGGCUUCUAUGUGUGGAAGCUCCAGGAUCGACACGUCCCACAGUUUGGCCUCUUCACCUCCACCCAACACCAAUCCAAAGCCAAAUCCUCCAUCGCUGUGUACAGAGAGAUCAUUACUCACAGCGGUUUCCCCAACAGCGACAUGACGCAGCCCUGCAGGCUCACUGAGCUGCACGAACGUUGCUCUGCAUGUGCGUGGAUGUUCAAGAACAAAGCAAUGCUGGUUUUUGGAGGCUGCCUGCUAAUAACAGCUGUUAUGCUGGCAGCACUUGUCAUCUUUGUCAUCAUUAGCAAGAGAAACCAAACAGGAGGCAGAGGGAGAGGGAAGAGGAGGAUAGACCAAAGGAGAAGGAGGGAAGCAGCGCCAGUGUGUUUGUGUCCACCUCGACUUCAUGGCAAACUGUAGGAAAGACUGUCUCAGUAAUAUGUAGGAGACAAAGUGUGCGGCUCAUUUACAACCUAUACUUGUGUCCGCUCCAUUAGUGCCUGUUUUGUGCUGUUGUGACAAAUGUGUGAUUGGUUUACUGACAGUCACUAUUAACAAAAAACGUCUACAUCCAUUCUACAUUUAGAUGGAGAUUAACACUAGGACCAUUACAGAAGCUGUUUGUAUCAUGUUUGUACAGUUUAUCGACC